GGGGUCAGCCGCGCGCCUGCGCAGUGGAACUGGCUACUCGCAGGUCGCGUGUAGCGCCCGGCGACCCGAUGGCGGAGCCUCAGGCGGAGUCGGAGCCCCUUUUGGGCCGACCCCGCGGGGGCAGAGGCCACGACUGCCCGCCGCCGGGGCUGCUCGCUUGCAGUAGCGUCCAAGUCGGCCCCGGCUUGGAGGAUGAGGAUGGCUUUUCACCUUCUUUGCCUGCCCCUGUGGCUCUGAGAUGGACCCUGUGCUUCGGCUUUGCCUGUCCUGUGGUUGGACUCCUGCUAAGAAGGAAGGGCACUACUGCUUCAGGUGCCUUGGCCAGGCAGGACCUCUGCAUUGACCAGGCUGUGGUCUUCAUUGAAGAUGCUGUUCAGUACCGCUCCAUCUACCACCGCAUGGAUGCCCGCUCGAUGUGGCUUUACCGAUGGUAUUACUCGAACCUGUGCCAGCGGACUCUGAGCUUUACUAUCUUCUUGAUCCUGUUUUUGGCUUUUAUCGAGACCCCAUCUUCACUCACGAGGUCUGCGGAUGUGCGCUAUCGCUCUCUGCCCUGGGAGCCACCCUGCGGCCUGACGGAGGCCGUGGAGCUGCUCUGCCUGCUGGUCUUCGUGGCUGACGUCUCUGUGAAGGGCUAUCUGGUCGGGUGGUCCCAGUUCCAGAAGAACCUCUGGCUGCUGGCCUACCUCACGGUGCUGGCUGUGUCCCUGGUGGACUGGGCUGUGUCCCUGAGUCUCCUUUGUCAGGAGCCUUUGCGCAUGCGCCGCCUCCUGCGCCCCUUCUUCCUGCUGCAGAACUCCUCCAUGAUGAAGAAGACCUUGAAGUGCAUCCGGUGGUCACUGCCGGACAUGGCCAGUGUCGGGCUGCUGCUGGCGAUUCACCUGUGCCUCUUCACAAUGCUCGGGAUGCUGCUGUUCACGGUCGGCGAGAAGCAGGAUGCAGAGCCAAACAGGGAGAGACUGGCCUACUUCCGGAACCUGCCAGAGGCUCUGACCUCCCUCCUGGUGCUGCUGACCACUGCUAACAACCCUGACGUGAUGGUUCCUGCGUAUUCUAAGAACCGGGCCUACGCCAUCUUCUUCAUAGUCUUCACCCUGAUAGGAAGCCUGUUUCUCAUGAACCUGCUCACUGCCAUCAUCUACAACCAGUUCCGCGGCUACCUGAUGAAAUCUCUACAGACCUCACUGUUUCGGCGGCGGCUGGGGACCCGCGCUGCCUAUGAAGUCCUCUCCUCCAUGCCAGGGCAGGCGGGAGCCACUCCUGAGGCAGUUGGGGUGAAGCCUCAGAACUUGCUGCUGGUGCUUCAGAAAGUGCAGAUGAGCAGUUCCCACAAACAGGCCAUCGUGGAGAAGGUGCGAUCCUACAAUGAUGUCCUGCUGUCGGUCGAUGAAUUCCAGAAGCUCUUUAAUGAGCUCGAUAAAAGUGUGAUCAAAGAGCACCCGCCGAGGCCCCAGUACCAGUCUCCGUUUCUCCAGACCGCCCAGUUCCUCUUCAGCCACCACUACUUCGACUACCUGGGGAACGUCAUCGCCCUGAGCAACCUUGUGUCCAUUUGCGUGUUCCUGGUGCUGGAUGCUGAUGUGCUGCCCGGGAACCGUGACGACUUUGUCCUGGGGAUCCUGGACUGCAUCUUUAUCCUGUACUAUGUGCUGGAGCUGCUGCUCAAGGUCUUCGCUCUGGGCCCGUGGGGCUACCUGUCCUACCCCAGCAAUGUAUGCGACGGCCUCCUUACCUCCAUCCUGCUGGUUUUGGAGAUCUCCACUCUGGCUGUGUAUGGAUUCCCACACCCACGCUGGAGGCCGGAGACGCUGGGCCUGCUGUCCCUGUGGGACAUGACGCGGCUGGUGAACAUGCUCAUCGUGUUCCGGUUCCUGCGCGUCAUCCCCAACAUGAAGCCCAUGGCCAUGGUGGUCAGUACUGUCCUGGGCCUGAUCCAGAACUUGCGGGCCUUCGGUGGGAUCCUGGUGGUUGUGUACUACGUGUUCGCCAUCGUCGGGAUCAGCCUGUUCCGAGGCACCAUCGUGGCUCCUUUUGGAAAUAGCAGCCUGGCCCCUGCCAAUGGCUCUGUGUCCUGUGGGAGCUUUGAGCAGCUGGAGUACUGGGCCAACAACUUUGAUGACUUUGCGGCUGCCCUGGUCACUCUGUGGAACGUGAUGGUGGUGAACAACUGGCAGGUGAUCCUGGACGCAUAUGAACGCUACGUGGGCCCGUGGUCCAAGGUCUACUUUGUGCUGUGGUGGCUGGUGUCAUCCGUCAUCUGGGUCAACCUCUUUCUGGCUCUGCUCCUGGAGAACUUCCUUCACAGGUGGGACCCCCAAAAUCAUGAGCAGCCUCCCGCUGGGACCCCAGAGGCUACCUACCGGAUGUCGGAGGAGCUCAUGUUCAGGGACAUCCUGGAGGAGCCUGGGGACGAGGAGCUGACGGAGAAGCUGCGUCGUCACCCCCACCUGUGGCUGUGCAGGUGACACCCACAUGGCCUUCGCGCCCUGGGACUGAUGCGUUGUGGAAGAGGCAGCUGACCAUGGCCAGGCAGGGGAGCUGUGCCUGUGACAGACCACGUCAGGGUCAGGCGGAGGUGGGACGAGGACAAUCACGGGUUCUCUCUCCUGUGGCGUGGAUGAGACGGUGCUCUCAGGUGGCCCUGCGCUGUGCUGCUCUGUUCUCCAAGCUGCUUCCGCAAGAUGAGACGGUGACUUCACAGGGAAAGCAAGCAGUGGCCUUCCCCUCAGGGCCUGUAGCCCCCAUGGUGCCUUCACUGCUGGUGGCCUUCAGGGACCGGAGCCCUGCACAGGACCUGCACAGGGUAACUCAGAUUCCAGGCACUGGCUGGGUGCGCUGGGUGUUUUACACGAAGGGAAUGUUGACUGUAUUUUAUUACUUUAUGGAUUGUGUGUGUGAUGGGGUAUGUGUAUGGGUCAGAAUGCCACUAAUUUUCAGCAGUAAGUCUUGUAAACAAUGAGAUUGUUAUUCUUCA